CACGGCGAGUGGUACUAUACUUCCUACAAUGACCUGCUAGGCUUUGAAGAAGACCCCCUUUCAAAAGCUUCUUUGAGGGGACCAGAUUUAGUUAUAGUAUCUAGAUGAAAUCAAUUAAAAUACUAUGUCAGAAGAUAAUUCAAAAUCGAAAUCUGUAGAUCAUGAGCACUAAAAACACAUCAACGUUUUUUUCUCCACACAAACUAAAAACCAAACGCAAACUCCAAUGGCCUCCCCAACCAAGAACCUUCCAGCAGCGCCCAUCAUCCAGCGCAUGCAAUUUUCCCAUGCACCGAAGACCAAAGCUGUCCAAAGAGCCUUAGCGGAACACCUAGUAGAGACAAAACAACUCGAUUACGCAGAGAAGCAUAACGUUUCCAUGAUGAAUUUGAAGACGGGAGGCUCGAGGGGAGGUCCCUCGUCGGCGUCGGUUUCGUGGAUGUCGGAUCAAAGGGUACAACGUGCUUACCUUCACCAAUCGCACCAAUCGCCAUUCUUCAGUACAACUAGUCAAAAUCUUAAUAUUUGUGAUGAAUGAUUCAAAAUCUUAUAAUAUUUGUGGUGAAUCGCUAGCUAUCUGAUGAAUCACUACUAGCUACAUUUAGCUUUAGGAGGUUUCAAAUGAUGAUGCUGAUGGUUAGUGAAGAACAGGAUGUUGAAUAUGAUCUUUUUUCACCCAGGGUUUCCACCAAAAUUCCACCGACGACUGGAACGCGAACGAAAGCUGGUCCCCGUCGAAAACGAGUCAGCAAAUGAGUCAGACCUUUCACGGUGGUUUCAGUUUUGGCGGAUCGACGUCCUCCACUGGUCCUAGACGAGGAGAUGGUCCAGGUGGUCCAGGUGGAGAUUCUAGAAGUUCUUUCCCAUCAAUGUCCAUGCCUUUUCACAGAAAAGACCUUCAUGCUGGUAACUACGACAAAGAUGGCAGGUUUUUGUCUCAGACCCCAGUCGACCAGUAUGGGAGGAUUCUAGUGAAGAAUCCAAGACAACAAGAACAUAAUAAGGAAACAAGGAUCCCGGAAAGAGCUUUGCGAGCAGCGGCAGUCACAGCAACAGCCUUUUAUCCGCCAGUCUUGCGGAAAUUUCAUGAGGGUUUGCCGGUGAUAAGUGACCCAGAUCCGGAUCCGCCCACGACGUUGAGAAAACUGGUGAAGACGUAUCAUCGUGGAAGUGGCAGUGGAGGUCUAACCUCUGGAUCGAAAACCAAGAGCGGAAAGGGAAGGCGAGGCGGCCAUUCAGGAUCAGCUCAGCAUUAGGGCAGAGUAGUAGAACAGGAAUAUAUUGCAUUAGGGCAGAGUAGUAGAACAGGAAUAUCUAAUAUAUCUUCACGAGGAAGAAGGCCACCACGCGAAUAGUCAUCGCGCAAGUACUAGAGUCUCAGCUAUUCGAAAACUCAAAAUAACCGUGUUACUGAAUGAAAUAUGCAUAUGGGAGGUACAGGUAGCUAGCUUUGACAAGGCUACAACUCUUUCUUCUCAUCAGUAUCUCGGUUAUUCCGAUGAUCAGUUACUUGCUUAUUUCAGUUUUUCGAAUACUCGCACUGAUACUUCUGACUGUAAAGUGUAGUAAGUGUAGUCACGCGCAAGAAACCGCCUCACGACUCUUCACUCCUCUAAUGAUUACUCCACAAAGGCGCUCAGGAAGAGGAAUCCACCGCAUUGAUCAGCAAAGAGGAACGCCUCAGACGGGAGACGGUCAAGAGACUCAAAACCGAUUUGUCCAUGAUGCGGAAUCAUCUAUCCAACCUCAAAACGCAGUCACGGCAAGGCCAUAAGUAUCUCCAAGACAUGGUGAAGGAGUAUGACAAUCCUAUGUCGGAACGGCGCUACGAGGCUGGGGAUUUGCGGAUUUUUCAUAGUGUGACAAGUCGAAAAUGGAUUCGACCUAGCGAGAGGUUGUACAACGAACCAAGGAUGGCGACUUUAGAACCGCUGGAGCUGAGGGAGACACUGAAGGAAAAAGCGGGAGCAGGAAGAGAACGUACAACUUGGAGUUUGUUUUGUGAUUUGGUGAAGAUGGUAAAAUUUGUACUAGGUAGUUGUCUGUAGGGCUUAAUAUGCUUUGUAGUAGUACGUUGAAGGUUGAACUUGAUCAUCCAGAAAGAAGGAUCAGCUGUAGCUCACAACUGCUCCUACUCCAACUCCACUUACCAAGAACCCAGAUACCCACGCCACCCCUUAUCGCGGAUACGAAACCAUCAAAGACGUCCGUGGCCUCUCCAAGAAAAUGAAGACAGCCAGUGUCCGUGUUGUGCCAGCAGGCGAAACGUUCCUCACCAAUGCUAUCAGAAGCACCUAUUUCCACGGUGCCAAUGUUGACGGCCCAGCGAGUCUGAAAUCCUUCCACCCUAGUAUGCAAGUGAAGCAACAACCUGUGGCGGUGUACGACUACCUAAAUCGAGGCAACAACAAUCAUGUAGAGAAUCCUGGCAACAAAGCAGAUGACGAAGACAGUGGCUUCGGUGACGUAGACGACGAGGAGUAUCCCUCUAGAGAGAUGGACCUUGGAGAGCAAGAGGAUGGGUAUCUAUAUAUAAGUAAUUCUCGUCUUUGUGACUGUGAGGAAGCACUACUAGUAUAACAGUUAUACUAUAACAAAUAAAACUCUCUUUCUCUUGAAAAAUAUUGCAUCCUCAACAACGUCCUUCUAGUUGUACUCACCACAAAAUCAGCCAAUUAACACCCGGACGGCCGCCGAAAAAAGGCGAAAAGCGCUGGUUUGCAGGUACGGAUGGGAAAUCGCCAGAACAUGCCAGAGGACCAAAGCGGUCGCCCACUACGAGAGAAGCCGUAAAGAAGAACAGGCAUAAGCAGGGCGCCUCUUCAUCAGACGCGUUCUCGCGAUAUAAGACGCACAAGAAAAAAGCUGUCAUACAGAAUCCGGAUGUGCCGAGGGGACCUCAUGAUGCUUAAUCGUGUGCUUCUAUGUGGAUUCCAAGCAACAUUCCGUUUGAACUCAAGAACUCCAUGAUUUGGAUCUGUAGAUACUUUUAGUUAGAUUGAGAAUAUUGAAUGGAAGUCGUAGUCGAUUCUUUAUAGUACAUAAUUUCUUACUUCAAAGGAGGUGCCGACGACGUCAAUUUAUGCACAGCUAUGAUGCACACCAUGAAGCACAACACACAUCCUCUCGAUCUAAACGAGUCUCGCAAUAACUCCUACUCCAUGCUUUUGCAGAUUUUUUCAUAGAUUACCGUUUGAUUGCUCUUCUACUUCAUAGCUCACCUUGACCUCGAUUUCGAUGAGAAAAACCUACAGCUAUCCAGUAAAAGUAUCUUGACAUCACAGAAGAAAGCCAAGGGUCCGCAAGUCCCAGGAGACACCGUUUAUACCUUAUCCUUAUUGAUUUAGGACAUAAUGAGAUGCGAAAUUUGUCGCCGAAAACGAUUUGUUAAUGCACAGGAAAGCAAAGGCGAAUCACUUAUAAAAAUACGGAGCGUUACAGUCAGAAGUCCGUGAUAGAUGUACUCGUGUCUGUGCGGAUGUCGUGGGCUUUCCAAAUUCUAAUUCAUUCACAGUGUUCUCCGGUGACGUGAUGCGAAGUGUGGAAUUCACCUUCAAGAUCAAUGGUUGGUGUACAACAGAUCUUUAAAGAGAGAUACGAGGAAUGCUGCAACAUUGAAGUACUCAUUCAUACUAGCAGAUUCAACAAUAGCAAGUACUAAAAGUCUCAACAGAAGAGAUACAGAUAGCCACUAGAGAUUUUCUCCUACACGGACUUCAAUUAUUUGUUUGGCAAUAAGAAUAAAAA